UGGGGUGUAGUCAUGUAAACGCAUGCCGAAGUCGUUGGACCAUAGACCUCGCGCUCCCUCCAAUGCCGAGACGGAGGAGCGAAAUGCCGGGUUUUCGCCGGCCCAGGCUUCGUUUCACAAGGAAGACCCAGAAGCUCAGCAUCUGCUGUUCCAAACCAGACAUGCCGUGGGUUGAUUGGGGGGAGCGGGGGGGUUCUCCGACUUACUGGUGGCGAUGCCUCCGAUUGCCCCUCCCUCCGGUUGUUUUUUUUGGGGCACAACCACCCGAGAGGUUGGAAUGCCGAGUCCGACGGCGCCCUUGAGGUAUCGAGCGGUAGAAGCGUCGCGCCGCAGCCGACGCGUGAGGGGGCUCGCGGGAGGAAGAGGGGGGGGGGGGAUGCCGAAACAAUUUGUUCUCAUCGAUUUGGGGGUGCGUGGUAGUGAUGCCCCGACGGUGGCUGAGAGAGCGCGAGGGGAAGGCGGCGGCCGCUGCGAGGGGGGGGAUGAAGAGCGACGAAAAUCCGGUCCGGCGGAACCCACCCGUUUGUGAUUGUUAAUGUUGAUGUUGUUGUUGUUGUUGUUGUUGUUGUUGUUAUUGUUGCUGUUGUUUUACGCCACCGCCUGGUCACCGCGGCACCCGAGGGGACGGGGGCGGCACGCGGGGUCUCGGUUUGGAGGGGAUCGGGGGGGNGGGGGGGGGGGGGGGAGGGAGGAGGGGAGGCAAGGCGGCGGCGCUGUGUGUGUGCGUGUGUGGGCGAAAGCUUGUAACUGUUAAAGGAUUCGUGUGUUGUGGUGCAAGGCCGUGCCGAGCGGGGGACGACGGCGUUUUGUCGGAUGGGACAGGCGGUGAGGUCUGCUAGAGGAUGUCAUGCAUGAUGUAGUGGCAAUGGAAACUAAUGAAUGCCUCGCCUGUUGGGUGGUUGUCUGCUGUGUUAACGUGGUUUUCGAAUGAAUGCUGCCGCUGUUGCUGCUUCUCCGAGCUGAUCUGAUGGUUGUGUGGUUCCUGGUCGCGUUUUUUUUUUUUUCCCGCUCUCUGUUUUUCGGCGGUUUUACGAUAGCCAAUGAGCAACGUGCCCCCCCCUUCUUACCCUAGUCCGCUGCUGCUCUGUGUGAAGGCCUGUCCAUUCUCUUUCUCGAGGGCGGCGAGAGACCUUGCUCUUUUUGUUGGUUCGAGGUACAGGUUGGCCGCCCGAGUUGAUACCGCGGUGCCCCUGAAGGUCUCGGCCAUUCUCACCCUGGAAGUAUUGCAUGGGUCGAGGAUUUUUUUUUGAGGCUGGCAAAAGAACAGGGGGGGAAAUGCGGGCCAACGGAACAUAAUUUUGUGUACAUCGUGAGCGCAGAUGGCGAGUCCAAGCAUUUUUUUUUUUUUCAUCGCCGGCACGGUAGUGGCUGUUCUCGCGAAUUUGGAAGAUGUGGAUGGCCUAAUAUCCAAGAGUGGUGUUCCAUGGUUCGCUUGCUUGUGCUUCCGGGACUUGGCAGACCCGUGUGUCAUGGUGUGGUACGUGUUGCUUGGGGGAAGAUGAAGAAAUGGCUUCUUUAUGCUGCUGCUGCUGCUGCAGUAAUGGCCGCUCAUGCUUUUUUUGCGGUGGUUCGAAUGUUGCGCGCCCGCCGGUGCGCGUGGCUUGCUGCAUUCAUGAGGCACACGCCAAUACUUUUGAUUCCAUUUCUGUGUGGGCUUGGGUCUGUCUCAAAGGUAGGUUCUACAGCAGUAUCUCCACCUCGCCGGGCGGCGUAUCGCGAGAGGGGAGCAUUUUAUUGACGUAAACUUCUAGUCUAUGUAGUACGAUAACACACGCAUGCAUGAAUGUGAAGAGCGACAGAGUCAGAGACUUGCGUGAAAAUACAUGAUGACGGUGGUGGUGCUGCUGUGGGCAUGGAACGAGCUCUUCUGCUUGGUACAACUAACUGUAUAUGCUGGUUCUCGCCGGAGGUUAUUGCAAUUGUAUCGUCCACUGCUGUACUACGUGUAGAGCUCCCACCCUCAGAUUCGCCGCAUCCCAUCCCAGCCUUCGUCUGCUGCAUACUGCUUAUUAUGACCGUGCACUUGCUCGAUUGUUUUUUUUCGAUCGCGUAGACUAGACUACAUGUAGUGAGUAUAUGGGAUCUCGACGGAUACCAUGAUUGCGGCGGCGGUGCUUGUGCCCGGUGUGUGACUGCCUGCUUGUAUGCGUAUGACAUGCAUGUUCGUUGCAUGUAUUGAUGAUGUUAGUGCACCCCGCCGCGCGCCGCAGUCUUCCAAUACUUUUUCGUUGUCCUUGUCUUGCUUGCGGCAUCGUUAGGGCGCUGCGGCCAGUCAGUUGAUGUUCGUGUCGAGCCUACUGCUCCUUUAUUUAUUUUGUGGUCGCCCUCCCCACCACCACCGUCUAUCUUCUCGCCAUGCCGCUUGGAACUUGUUCGCGGGGGAUGCCGUGUACUUCAGGGAUGUAUACAGUUAGUUGUAUCCGUUGUCGGAAGUUUACCGAACUUUCUGCAUGAGGAUC